GUGGUUGGCGCCCGAAUGUUGCUACAAGAAGCCAUUGUUCUCUAAGAAAAGUGAUGUGUGGGCAUUUGGAACAUUAAUGUUUGAAGUGUUCUCAAAUGGCAGUAAGCCUUUUCCUCGACUACGAAGAUCUGGCAAUAAUACGGGCCAAUACGGAAAAGCUGCUAUGCCUCCACCACCACCUGGUACACCCGUGCUAGCAGCUAGCCUUUUAAAGCAGAUUUGGAUUCUGAAGGCAGAAUAUCGGCCAAAUUUCCAAGAAAUUGGAAAAGCACUCGUCGAUAUUAUACAGAAGUCUCCACCGAUUUUACCCAAUCAGAUGGUCGUCAACCAAUUAAAAGGAGUGAAAAGAGAAAAAAAUUU